GCUUGAUAUUAUUUCUUAUAAAAAGAAACUGCCCCCUGCUAAGUUCAAGUGUCUCCCACAUGUAGAAGUAGCAUUCACGCGAUAUACAGCUGUAAUAAUGGAAGGCUAAAGGUCGUGGCUUUAAGAAUAAUUAAAUGUAAAUACGACGGUACGUUGAACUGUGGGAUCGAUACAGCACGCUAACAUCAAGUUCAAGUAACAUCGCUAUGGCUACCGUAGGCCAAACACUACGGAGUGUGGGGAAAUUCUGGUACACGAACACUGUUCAAUACCAUUGUCGACAGUACCUUGGGCGGUUUAAGCUAUUCACAGUGUUAAUUUCAUUACGAAUUAUACAAUAACUAACAUUAAUUCUGCCACUAAUGGUUUAAAUUCCAUUAAAUUCAUUAAAAUAUAAUCAUGCGUGUUUCUGGAACCCGAACAUACUAUAGGCCGUCGCCUCCCAAAAUGCCUCCCGGGCUGGUGGACCUAAUACAGGAGUUAUCAAGGGAUGUGCUGAAAAAUAAUCCUGCUGAUAUUUACGGAUACUGCGCUAAUCAUUUUAAACAACUUCUUGAAAUAAGAGAUGGCCCUCUUCGUAAGAAAAAACUAACAUUAGAAGAGAAAAUUGCUAACGCCCAAGAAAAGGUAAGGCAACGAGCAGAGCAACGAAGGCAACAAUAUGAUAAUGAGAUGCUCAAACAACAUCGCGAUCAAGAAUCUGAAAUAAAAGCUUCAAAUGAAAACGAUGCACCAAUACCCGUUCAAGAACCCUCUGCUAUUGAUAUUACACCACUCAUUCAUAAAGAACAGGAGUUAGUUAACUCGUCAACAGAACCUGUAUCGUCAGCAGCACCAGCUGUAUUAUCAGCAGCAGCUGUACCGUCAUUAGCAGCUGUAUCAUCAGUAGUAGCUCUGUCGUCAGCAGUGGGUCUGUCCUCAGCUGCAGCUCUGUCAUCAGCUGUAACUAUAUCGUCAGCAGUAGCUUUAUCUUCAGCUGCAGUGCCAUCGUCUGCAGAAAUUGAAUUGUCAAAUAAAACUGACACACCACCUGAAGAUCAUCAAAAUUCUGAGGAGGUAGCUAUAAAAGAUUCUGAUGAUUUAAAAGUUUAUGAGAAAGCUGACUCAAUUUCUAAAGAGGACGAGGAGGUAAAAGACGAUAUUACCGUCGCUGAUUCUAACGCUCCAAUAAGUCAUUACCCAACUGAAAAUCCUUUAAAUGUAAUAGAGACCAAGACCAUAUCCAGUGAUGCGUCAGAAAACUUAAAUAAUUCGAGUGAACCCAUUACAGAGGUACAAGUAAAUCCCGAUAAUCACCAGCAUGCUGAGGAAAAUGAAGGAUUGAUAGCUGUAGAUUUGCAAGAAACUGACGAGUCAAGUCCAAUUAACGACGUAAUUGUAGAAAAUCAUAAAAUUGAUGACGAAACGGCUGCUGCUACAAACAUAGAAUCGGAAACAGAUAAUAAAAGCGAAGUAAAUGAUGCAGAUACACCGAAGUCAAUUGUGCCACCAGAAACAAUUGAUGAUCACAAUGUUGAACCCCAACCUGAACAAAUUGUUACAAAAACUCAGCAUUCAAAUGUAACUGAAAGCAUUAAAGAUGAUAAUAUCGAUCUUGAUCAUACGUCCCAGAUAAAUAAAACAGAAAACGGCGAAAAAAAAUUGGAAGGUGAAGAUGAUACUAAAAAGGAAACUGAUUCAGAUUCUCAGGAAACCAACCAGUUCGAAAUUACUUUUAAAGAAUCCCCUACCGUAGAACUGCAGGGACCGCAAGUAAGUUCUGAUGUUUUGGAAUCAUUGUCGGAUUCAAAUACGGAUAAUGAAAUCAUGACACUUGUUGUACAAGAAUCCGGUAAUGGUGAUUUAGAAGAGAUUAAUGGUUUCAAUGAAACCCAUGCUCUUGAUUCGAAUUCGAAUACACAUACUGAUUCACCUCACUCGAUUAAAGUUGAAUCCGGACAAGAUUUUGAAAAUGAAAAGCUUCAAGAGGAUCAACAUAAAAAUCAAAUCAACAAUAGUAUUGAGGAUCAUGGUAAGAUUACUGAACAUUUAGAAAAUAAUGACAUUCAGAACAGUGAUCUUGGGGCAUCAAAAUUAAGUGAAUCUGGUAAUAACCAAGAUAAUAUGGAUUUGGAAACUGCUGCAGUAACUAUACAAAAGGUUUUUCGGUCAUUCCUUUUUAGGAGUAGAACGUCUACAUUGGAUGAAUCCGUCAACGAUGAAACAAUGUACUCGAAUGAUAAUGAGAAAAAUAAGGAGGAAUGUGAUUUUACCAUUCCAGGUCCUCUAAACGAAAGAAGGCCACAUGGUAUCACAAGAAUGGACACAGUUCUUCAAACUGUCAACGAGGAAAAGUCGCUUUCUUUAUCGGAUGACUCUUCCACGUUAUCCAGUGCCGCAACCAUAAUUCAAGCUCACGUUAGAGGUUUUUUGGUUAGAAAUAAACUUAACUCAAAUAAAACAAUUUCUACUAAUUCUCAACACACUAGUUAUUCGAACGAACCUUCGCUUACAUCUCUAGAAAUGGACAAUGAACAAAAUAAGAAUAAAACCGUUCUAAACAUUCAUAUUGUUCCCGAAGGUGGGAAUUAUUUAAGUCGAGAUGAGAGUUUAAUCACUUCAAUGGAUUUAUCUUUAGACAGCAGUCCACCAUCGUCCAUUAAUUUACAUCCUUUGGGUUAUGAUAAAAGUGAAAGACGAAAGCAAUUGAAGAGAGAAGAUGCUAUACAAUCUAUUUCUCCACCGAGUAACAAUAGUGGAAAAUUAAGUGAGGAUGUGGAUUCCGUCAAAGAGCUUAAUGAUUCUGAAACUGUAGACCAUCCUGUAGAAAACAACAAAAUUAAUAAAGAUAAUUUGAACGACGAUGUGGCUCAGAGCAACAAUAAAAAUAAUGCCGUCGAACACGUAGCCCCAGAAUAUAUCGCCAUUGAUGACGUGGAAACUUGUGUGCAGCAAAAUAAAUCAUUGGAUACUGUUAAUUCAGAUGAAUUGGAUGUUAUCACUCCGUUUGAAUCUAGUGAAGAUAACAAUCCUUCACAACAUAAACUUAUGCAUUCUGGAGAGUUCCACGACGCUGUGCUUCCUACUAAUCCUACUAAGGUGUCCCGCAGUGACACAACAGUCGCCAGUGGUGAGUGAAGACAUCUAUUAUCAGAAUUCAAGAAUGUCCUGGUGUAUUUCUUACUUUGGAAUCAUUCAUAACAUUACGUGAAUAAGUGACACUAAUCAUAUGAAGUAAAUUGUAUGAUAUCUUUUAUUAAAUUAAUAAUACGUUUACCUU